CUGCUCCGCCCCAGUCGUCGCGCCUUCUGGUUUUAAUCCUUCGUUGAGGGCCGGCCGGUGUUUUCCAGAGGUGCGCGGGAAUUGAGCGCUCAGCCCCGGCAACCUGCCGCCUGCCGCCAGCAUGGAGUUCGUGAAGUGCUUGGGGCGCCCGGAGGAGUUCUACAACCUCCUGCGCUUCCAGAUGGGGGGUCGGCGGAAGGUGAUACCCAAGAUGGACCAGGACUCGCUGAGCAGCAGCUUGAAAACUUGCUACAAGUAUCUCAAUCAGACCAGUCGCAGUUUUGCAGCUGUCAUUGAGGCGCUGGAUGGGGAAAUGCGCCAUGCCGUAUGCAUAUUUUAUCUGGUCCUCCGAGCUCUGGACACUCUGGAAGAUGACAUGACCAUCAGUGUAGAAAAAAAGGUUCCACUGCUACACAACUUUCACUCUUACCUUUACGAACCAGACUGGCGGUAUAUGGAGAGCAAGGAGAAGGAUCGGCAAGUGCUAGAGGACUUCCCAACGAUCUCCCUCGAGUUUAGAAAUUUGGCUGAGAAAUAUCAAACAGUGAUUGUUGACAUUUGCCGGAAAAUGGGAUUUGGGAUGGCGGAGUUUUUGGAUAAACACGUAACUUCUGAACAGGAGUGGGACAAGUACUGUCACUAUGUUGCUGGACUGGUGGGAAUUGGCCUUUCCCGUCUGUUCUCAGCCUCUGAGUUAGAAGAUCCCUUAGUUGGUGAAGACAUAGAGUGUGCCAAUUCUAUGGGCCUGUUUCUGCAGAAAACAAACAUCAUUCGUGAUUAUCUGGAAGACCAGCAAGAAGGAAGAGAGUUUUGGCCUCAAGAGGUUUGGAGCAAGUAUGUUAAGAAGUUGGGCGAUUUUGCUAAGCCACAGAAUAUUGAUUCAGCCGUGCAGUGCCUGAACGAACUUAUAACCAACGCACUACACCACAUCCCAGAUGUCAUCACUUACCUUUCAAGACUUAGAAACCAAAGUGUGUUUAACUUCUGCGCUAUUCCACAGGUGAUGGCCAUUGCCACUCUGGCUGCCUGUUAUAAUAAUCAGCAGGUGUUCAAAGGCGUAGUGAAGAUCCGAAAAGGGCAAGCAGUAACUCUCAUGAUGGAUGCCACCAAUAUGCCGGCAGUCAAAGCUAUAAUCUACCAGUACAUGGAAGAGCUCAUUUGAAAGCCUGGAUGCACAUGGAAGGACAGAUGGCCGUCUGUGGUCCCUGCAGAGCCAGCCAGAGCAGGACCAAGAAGAAGGAUCCAGCUCCCUGGGCCCUGCACGGCUGUGCCUGCUGGAGACCAGCAUGUACAGCAUUGCCUCCCUGGCCAGCUUGUGACCUGCACUCCCUCUGCCAGCCUGCUCUCACUUUGGCCAACUCUUGGCUGCAUGCAGAAAUAUUAUGUCCAGGGGUUUUGUGGGUUGUUUUUUUUUUGUCUUUUGUUUCUUUUUUAAAAAAUCACCAGUUUAUACACAGAAGCUUCAAGAAAGGUAAAAUGUGUUUUCCGGUGAUGGGCUGGAAAGCCGAAUGGCAUUUAGCCUCAUUCUUCUAGCAUUGGUAUUUGCUGCCUUUAGCCCCGCACAGCGAGGUGGGGGUGUGUGUGAGGCCCACUCACCCAGUGACUUCCUGUGAAUCUUGGCCUGGGCCGAGGAGGACACGGUGCCUCUCUAAGGGUGUUUGAAAAAGCCCCUCAAGCUGAGGAAUCACUGUUGUGGGGUAUGAAGCUACUUUCUAGAAGCCAUUCAUGCUCUCAGUGUGUCUAGCCUACUCUUUUGCUGCUGUCCUUUGUGGUGAUUAAAUGAUUGAAGCUGAGGGUUUGCCUUGCAUUGUUAUACACAUACUCACACUGAUUUCCUCCGUGUCCCUGGCUGCCACCGGACACAGUGGCUUAGUUUGGGGCCAGGGAAGCUGCAGUGAAUCAGUUCAUCCGAGGCUCAGCCCUGGACAAACUUGGCACCACGCCAAAGCCAGUCAUUUGCUAUGUGAAGUACAGCUCUGAGCUGGGCUCCACAGGAAUUUUCCUAGUAGUUUAAGCAUCAGAAGUUGGUUUGAGAGUCCAAGGUAGGUUGUUAGAAAUGUGUUGAAAUGCCGGAUGUAGGACAGAGGACAACCUGGUGGAGAGCUGUGGUCUGAGGUGGGUAUACUGGAAGGUUUCUUUCCUGGCUCAGUCAUGACCUGUGGGACUUUGUGAGCCUCUUAAUGGUUUAGAAGAUGUCCUAGGCCCCACCCAGCCAUAAAGUUAUAUAACUUUUACUAUCACUGACUCAUGCCAAGUCUUAGCUCUUGUGCCCACUCCUGAGUUCUCUGAAAGAUCAUUUUCCUUCUAAAUAUAUUUCGUUCUUAAAAUUGCCAGAUAAAAUGCAGGAUGCCCAGUUAAACUAGAAUUUGACACACUAGUGUUUUUUAUUUUUUUAAGUAGAAUUAUGUCCCAAAUAUUGCACAGGACAUAUUUCUACUAAAAAAUUACUUGAUCUGAAAUUAAAAUCUGAUUGAGCAUCCUUUGUUUUUGUUAAAUCUGGCAACCCAGAUUUAAAAAUUUAAAGUGUUCCGUACUCUAAUCAAUCAGAUGUAUAGCAUCUCUGGCCUACAGUCUACUUGAUUUCUACUUAGAGGGGUAUAUUUUAGCUUUCCUCAGAGGACUAUUUGACCCAUCUGAAUCUAGGGCUUUAAAUUUUAAAAAUUCCAUUACAACAGACAGGAGCAGGAGCCCGAUCUCCACAUUUUGGGAGCUUCUAGAGCUCCAGAUAAACCUGCACACAUGCACAGACAUCUCCCUUUGGGAAAGUGCUUGGAACAAUGAGCUGGAAGCCCCAUUCUGUCUGAACUGUUUCUCUAGGGCUUGCAUGCAUAUGUGUGCUGGGGGUGGGGAGUAGUCCCUAGCCAUUUGUUGAUUAAUCUUAGCAGUUUUGGAAGCAGUGCUCUAAAACGAUCGUUCUCAAACUUUAGCAUCCAAAUUGCCUGCAGGUCCCAGAUUGUUAGGACCAUUUGUCUCUCAGGUCUGGGGAGUACCCCAAAACGGGCAUUUUUUAACAAGUUCUCAGGUGAUACAAAUGCUGCUUGCUGGUCAGGAGCCCAGUUAGAGAACCACUGCUCUAACGCCUUAUUUUUCAAACUUUAAUGAACAUACGAAUCAUCAGGAGUCUUGUUCAAUUCCAAGGGUGGAUUCAGAGCUCUGACCCCAGUUCAGCAUUUCUAACAAGCUGCUAGGUGAUGGCCAUGCUUUUGGUCUGAAGCACAGCUAGCUGACGCACAUUAAGAGUGGAGAAGUUUCCGCUAUGUGCGCAAAUUUAUGAGUCCAAACUGAAACCACACCCUCCUCCGGGUAGAAAACAAAAAGGCACGGUCCCUUCCAUCGAUCCUCUUGUUUGGACAGGCACCCGAGAAAAGCAUACCGCUUGUUGAACUGAGGUGACAGGGUGAUCAAUGAGGUCAUCUGAGGUUUAUUUAAGUAUUGACAUUGAUCCCAAUCCUAAAUAAACACUGCUGGUUUUGUGUUCUAACACAGACUCCUGAAGUUCCCUUGGGUCCUUGCUGUACUGCAUCCCCGCCGGCUUCCCAGCUGAGCAUGGGGCUGCGGGUGGGUGCAGGACGGCCACGGGGCGGACGUGGCAUCAUCCAACUCCGUUCAGGGGCAGGUUGAAUUUGUCAGAACUACAGUGAGGUUAUGAAUGUCUUCCAACUGAAAUUUUUAAGAAUAAAGUGAUUGCAAAGUUG